AGCCCCCAGACAGCCGGCACCAGCAGCCUCCUUCCCCCCGAGCGGAGCUGCGGGGCCGGCCGGGCCGGGGCGGAGCCCGGGAACCCGGACGCGGCCGUCCGGGCCCGCGGGCGGGGGGUCGGCGGGGCAACCGACGGCAGGGGCAGCCACCAUGGAGUUCCGCCAGGAGGAGUUUCGGAAGCUAGCGGGUCGCGCCCUCGGAAGGCUGCACCGCCUUCUGGAGAAGCGGCAGGAAGGUGCAGAGACGCUGGAGCUGAGUGCUGACGGGCGCCCGGUGACGACGCAGACCCGGGACCCGCCGGUUGUGGACUGCACCUGCUUCGGCCUCCCUCGCCGCUACAUUAUCGCUAUUAUGAGCGGUCUGGGCUUCUGCAUCAGCUUUGGCAUCCGCUGCAACCUGGGCGUGGCCAUCGUUUCCAUGGUCAACAACAGCACGACCCACCGCGGGGGCCACGUGGUGGUGCAGAGAGCCCAGUUCAGCUGGGAUCCAGAGACUGUCGGCCUGAUACACGGCUCCUUUUUCUGGGGCUACAUUGUCACUCAGAUUCCUGGAGGAUUUAUCUGCCAAAAAUUCGCAGCCAACAGGGUUUUCGGCUUUGCUAUUGUGGCUACCUCCACUCUGAACAUGCUGAUCCCCUCGGCUGCCCGCGUUCACUAUGGCUGUGUCAUAUUCGUGAGGAUCUUGCAGGGGUUGGUAGAGGGGGUCACAUACCCCGCCUGCCACGGGAUUUGGAGCAAGUGGGCCCCACCCUUAGAAAGGAGUCGCCUGGCGACGACAGCCUUUUGCGGUUCCUACGCUGGGGCGGUGGUCGCGAUGCCCCUCGCUGGGGUCCUGGUGCAGUACUCGGGAUGGAGCUCUGUUUUCUAUGUCUACGGCAGCUUCGGGAUCGUCUGGUACAUGUUCUGGCUGCUCGUCUCCUACGAGUCCCCCGCACUGCACCCCAGCAUCUCGGAGGAGGAACGCAAGUACAUCGAGGAGGCCAUCGGCGAGAGCGCCAAGCUCAUGAACCCGCUCACGAAGUUUAACACACCCUGGCGGCGCUUCUUCACGUCCAUGCCAGUCUACGCCAUCAUCGUGGCCAACUUCUGCCGCAGCUGGACGUUCUACCUGCUCCUUAUCUCCCAGCCCGCCUACUUCGAGGAAGUGUUCGGCUUCGAGAUCAGCAAGGUGGGCCUGGUGUCGGCGCUGCCCCACCUAGUCAUGACCAUUAUCGUGCCCAUCGGCGGCCAGAUCGCCGACUUUCUGCGGAGCCGCCGCAUCAUGUCCACCACAAACGUUCGCAAGUUGAUGAACUGCGGGGGCUUCGGCAUGGAAGCCACGCUGCUGCUGGUGGUCGGCUACUCGCACUCCAAGGGCGUGGCCAUCUCCUUCCUGGUCCUCGCCGUGGGCUUCAGCGGCUUCGCCAUCUCUGGGUUCAACGUGAACCACCUGGACAUCGCCCCGCGCUAUGCCAGCAUCCUCAUGGGCAUCUCCAACGGCGUGGGCACGUUGUCCGGCAUGGUGUGCCCCAUCAUCGUGGGCGCCAUGACUAAGCACAAGACGCGGGAGGAGUGGCAGUACGUGUUUCUAAUUGCUUCCCUGGUGCACUACGGGGGUGUCAUCUUCUACGGGGUCUUUGCUUCUGGAGAGAAGCAACCGUGGGCGGAGCCUGAGGAGAUGAGCGAAGAGAAAUGUGGUUUCGUGGGCCAUGACCAGCUGGCUGGCAGUGACGAAAGCGAGAUGGAGGAUGAGGCCGAGCCCCCCGGGGCACCCCCUGCUCCCCUUCCCUCCUACGGGGCCACACACAGCACAGUUCAGCCCCCAAGGCCCCCGCCCCCUCUCCGGGACUACUGACCACGUGCCUCCCACCGAGCGGCGGUUUCCAGGGCCGCCGCCACUCACAUGUCUGCUCGAGUGACAGUGUCAAGGACCCCCGCUCCUCUCCGUCCUGCCUCAGGCUAGGAGGCCCCCUCCCUGUCCCCGUGCUGUGGAGGCCUCUUCCCGUCCUGAUCGCCUGUCAGGGUGCUGGGCUGCGGACCGGCAGUUUCGAGGACGCCCACGUGCCCCGAAGCUCCCUCCUCGCGCGUUCGUGUUCCGGCUCGGUGGCUCCAAACCUCUCCUUGCAGGGAUUGAUCUGAGUGGACGGUUCAGCUCCUUACUCCCUUGUGGUGUCGAGCACGUCCCUCCUUCCCUUUAACCCCAGGGGCUCUCAGGCGAACCCCGAGAUCGCUCACCUUCCCUCUUCUUUCGGAAAACCUCCAGGUCCUCCUCCAGAACUUCCGCACAUCUCCCAACUCUGUUCUGCACUUUCCAGGUUUGUUUAACUAAUCGCCCAUCCCCGCCAUUCCAGGGAUGGGCUCUCACCAGCGUUUCUGAGGGAAAACGGCAGUUUCCGGCUCCCCCUCCCCUCCCCCACCAGCAGACGCUGCUGAAGCGCCAAGUCCCCCGACCUCCCUGCUUAGCACAGUAUCCAGGGAAACAAACGAAGCGGCGGUUUUAAAAUAUGCCUCUCUCCACUCCAUGCACUUUUUCUGACACGGUUUUUAGGUCUAAACAGUGGCUGCUGCAGUUCAUUAACUCAGUGGUCGGAAGCCACCACCACUGACCUUCCCCACGGUGGGUUCAGGACGCCCCUCUUGUCUCCAAUUCCUUGCACUUUAAUCUUCUGGGUGGUUUCAGACUACCCUCAGUUUCUCAGUGGCCAUGAGUUGUGUCCCUCAGGGUCUAAGUGACUCAAAAUCUGGGAUCCUUCCCCCCUCAGACACCCCUCUUCCAGCUUAGAAUUUGAGGAACAGGUAUAGGAGAAGUCACAGAAUCCCAGGAAAGGGAACGGGGCUGAGGGAGAAGGGGGUUUUGCCCGGGGCAGGGUUGUAUCUUGUGUCUCCGUCUUGUGAUGGUAAACCCUGCCCUGCCCCACUCCCAAUAAAAUGCUUUUGUGUACAGA